AUGUCUGCACCUUCCUCGAACGACGCUGGCAAGGAGCUGAAGCUCCUGCAUUACAUCUAUGGGCAGCCAAACCUGGAUGAAAUCCGUGGACAUCCCCAAAAGGUGAUCGAUCUGAUUCACGAGUUUGAGAAAGACUACCGUUUAAUAAAUGUUGGCCCCGAAAAGGGCAAAGUCAUCACCCAACUCAUCAAUGAACUCAAGCCAAAGACCAUGAUCGAGCUCGGCUGCUACGUGGGCUACUCUGCGAUCCUAUUCGGCGACGCAGUCCGUCGAAACGGCGGUGAACGCUACUUGAGUCUAGAGUUGAACCCAGAGUUCGCCGCAGUUGCCAAUAUGCUCAUUGAGCUAGCUGGAUUGCGCGACUUUGUGCGCAUCAUCGUCGGUCGAAGCGAUGAGUCGCUACACAAAUUGAUUACCUCGGGUGACGUGAAGAAAGUGGAACUUCUCUUCAUUGACCAUUACAAACCAGCGUACACCACUGACGUCAAGCUAUGUGAGCACCUCGGGGCUAUUGUCCCUGGUUCAGUGCUCGCGGCCGAUAACGUGCUACACCCGGGCAACCCACCAUAUCUGGAAUACGUCCGGAGCACUGUCGAGCAGAAGAUCGAAGCUGCUAAGGAAGGACCUUCCCAGGCAUAUAACAUUGCCGGGAUGGCCGAAAGCACGGUGCAGUCCUUUGUGGGUAAAGAUGACGUGCCCACCUUCAAUUUUGUCGGGAACCCGAAUUUGGUGUACCAGAGCGAGCUAUGCCAACCCCAGGGAUUGCGGGAUGCCAUCGAGGUUACGAGGUGUGUGGGGGUGCAGGCAUAG